AUGAGUCAUGUUUACUUCCGGGGGUCUCUCCUGAGAAGGGGGAUAGAGUUCCGGGGCAGUGUCCGGCCCGGUCCUCAGCGCUGGGUUGUUUGUCUUGUAUGCGGAGGGAUCUCCCCCCUCCGUGUGAGAGGGGAGCGGACAGCGGCGGGGGGGGGGAAAGAUAUGGAUAAACUGACCAUCAUUUCAGGAUGUCUGUUUCUGGCCGCCGAUAUCUUCGCCAUCGCCAGCAUCGCCAACCCGGACUGGAUCAACACCGGCGAGUCUGCGGGUGCUCUCACGGUUGGCCUGGUCAGGCAGUGUCAGACCAUACAUGGACGUGACAGGAUAUGUAUUCCUCCCCGGCUCCCACCGGAGUGGGUUACAACGCUGUUUUUCAUCAUAAUGGGAAUCAUAUCAUUGACUGUUACUUGUGGUUUGCUAGUGGCAUCCCAUUGGAGGAGAGAAGCUACAAAAUAUGCCCGAUGGAUUGCAUUUACUGGCAUGAUCCUUUUCUGUAUGGCAGCAUUAAUAUUCCCCAUAGGAUUUUACAUCAAUGAAGUUGGUGGACAACCUUACAAACUUCCCAACAACACCGUAGUUGGGUCAUCUUAUGUACUUUUUGUCUUAUCCAUUUUCUUUACUAUAGUGGGACUAUUAUUUGCAGGCAAAGUAUGUUUACCUGGCUGAUGUACAGGGGGAUCUACAAGACUUUUUAUUGCAAUGAACAUUAUAUAUUUGUUGGGAGGGGAGGUGGGGGAAGGGGUUCUUUGAAACCUCCGAAGACAUUGCCUUCUCAGGAGAACACCUGAAAAGGGACAAGAGAACUGAGACGAUAAUGGACAUUAACUUGUUCUCACUAUGCACUUUGGAUCAAAUGGAGAGCCUUUCUUUCCACAACCAAAUACAAAUAUCAUAGACUGAUCUCCUGAGCAAAUUUAUGCCAUCAGGUCUGCACUGUGACGUAGACUCGUGAAGAACGCUUUACACUGACAAGCAAAACGGACCUUUAUUACUGUACCCAACUCCUGUUUUCAUCGUCUGCAAGAAUAGGAAAUGAAGAGUAAACCAAGAGUAUUUAUGAACUUUGUCUAUGACCUAGAAGCAUUUCAAAGCCAAGUGGGGCUGGCCUCACUUUAAGAGAGAUGAUUCAUUUGAGGAUUAACAACACAGAGACCCGGUAGCCGGAGAGUCCCCAACACUACGAAGCGUACAGCUCAAAGUCCGUUCAACCCCCUGAGACUUCCUAUGGCUGAAAGCUUGGUUCUGUAAAAUGGCUUUGCUCUGGCCAGUUUUGUGUGCUUUUUGGUUCAACUGUCCAGCUGUAGAUGGAUUUGCAGCACAUCGGCCCUCAUAUUUCCUGGUACCAAAAUGGGGGUGGGUAUCAUUUUGCGUAAAAUAGUUUGAACGGUGCUUUGAAAAUACAAAAAGGGAAUGUUGAAUUCCUUUUUAGAAGGUACUGGAAUACUGGAACUCUUUGUCGAGAAUUAGAAGAAAACACUAAUAUUCUGGAAGGGUGGGGGGAAAUGACCUCUUCAUUUAUGUUUAUAUAAAUAUAUAUUUUUGCUGACGCAGUAUACAGUGUAAAUAUAGGCAGUUCUGGGGGAAAAGAAUGCUAAAAGCUUUGCUAGCAAAAUCACUGUGGUGCGCCAACUGGAACCGAUAGUUAACUAAAGCCAUUUUCUUGAAGACUACAUAGCGAAGAGUCUUCAGUUUACCUCAUAUUUGGUAGCAGCCCUCAAAUUUUCUCUUUUUUUUUUUCUUUCAAAUAUGUAUAAAAUCAGACAUUUCUCAUUUUUUUUAUUUUUUUAUUUUUUUUUUGUUCACGUUUUUUGCGUCCUAACAUAUCAUCAAAGGAAAUUGACAGCAAUUUGUACUAGUCCAGGUAGGCACCAGAGGUGGCUAACAAAGCACUGGAACUUCCUUGAUAUUCAAAUGGGUAAUCAUGAUUUUAAGAAGUGGGAGUUUGUACACACUUAUACUACAGUGACCACACUGUGAGCUUGCAAUGGGUAAUGCCGGCCAUACACGGUUCGAAUUUAGAAAGAAAUCCUGGAUACGAUUCUCGUACGAAUUUCACACCAUUAGUGGGCUGCAGCAAUAGCCGAUUUUCGUGCGACAGCCAAAUUUGAGGAAUCGGA